CAUAUUGGGUCUGAAGGAACCGCAUUGCGUACCCCGAGGCCGAAAGUAAAACACCAAGUACUUCUUCCAUGGUUUUCCUCAAAGUUGCAGGCAAUACUUCUACAAAUCAUCGAUAUGGCUACGCAGAGCAUGGCUCAGUGGUCCAUUCAGCCUCUCAGGGUAUUCAGACAAUCGAAUGGGAUUUCAACGAGUUCACUGGCACAACCAUAGACUUCGAUGGCAUUGCUUAUGCUGUCUUCCAAGUUGACCAGAUAUCUGAAUUGACAGCGGAUUCUCGCCCCAAUUCACCUCCUAUUAGCACUAUAGCCACCGCGCUUGACGGCGAAGUGGUUAACCCAGCAGUCCUUACGCCCCGAAACCCUUCUUCCUCAGCAGUUGAGUCCCGACUUCACUGGCACCGAAGAACCAAACGCGAUUACGUGCAAAUUUUCGAAGGCACAGAGACUGGCCUUGAAGAUCCCGAUGCUUCAAUCGUUGGUGUAGCUUAUUUGACCUAUACCCUAGUCAACAAUUCGACAUAUAAUGUUGAUGAUUGCCUUGAGUUCUGUGACCAUACUCUUGGAUGUGUCUCUGUUAACCUUUACUACGAAUACAAUAAUCUGCUGCUGGACCAUAUAUAUCCCCAACGUUCGAACCUCAAAUGUGUCGCGUACGGGGACGUGCACUUUUCUCAAGCGAAGCUCAACUUUGGUCGCAUGUCUGUGUCCGGAGACCUAACAUACAUACAGCAAAGUAGCGGGUUGGUAACUAAAUCGUAUUUGAAUCCAUCUGCCCCAGAUGGCUACGAUGCGCUUCCCGAUUUGGACGGUGCCAAUGAAGCGUUUGGCUACCUGAAUUCCUUUUUCCUGACACACUACGAUGUAGAUGCCUGUGCUGCAAUCUGUAACAACUGGACUCCUGACGAUCUCGGAGGUUCGUGUAAAUAUUUCAACAUUUGGCGCGCAGUCGUAGGUAUUGUUCCUAUCACCUAUACGUGUUCAAUCUAUUACAUACCCGCCGACCCAUCUACUGCUGUGUAUCGCGGUCAAGGCAACCUAACCGUGACCGAAUCCCGAGGUUACAAGCGCAAGACCUACAUCCUUGACGGGGGAUUCGAGUAUUAUACUUGUGAUGAACCGAAUACUGCAUUUUGCUUCACCCAUACCACCGAUACAUGGCUCGCAUCCUCUCUUUGGGAAGGGUAUUACGAUGCUUCCAUCUUCCACUACAAACCGUACGCUCAUAGCGGAAAUUCCGUCGCGAUACUUGGUUCUGCAUUCGGCUACGACGAGUAUCCUGGGACACUCACGGUAGCUUCGAGUCUCUCUACGGAAGCAGGGGUAAGAUACAUCAUUGAAUUUUUCCAUUCCCGCUCUGGAGAAGGUAUGGAGGUGAAUGGAUUCGUGGAGGUGUAUUGGAAUAGUGACCUCGUAGGAGUGAUCUAUCCUGCGUACAGUCAGUGGGAAUACUAUCAGUUUGAAGUCGUUGGUCGGGGAAACGACGAGCUUGAUUUUCGAGGAGGCCGAGCACCCGUUUAUGAUUACAUCGAUGAUAUAAUCGUUAUGCGAGCUUAAGUCUUUCGAGUUACUUUUGCAAUAACAAUAUAGUAGAAUACAAAUUGCAAUUACGGACGAAAGAUAUAGAACAUAUAACAUAGGGGCGUAGGUUGAUAAUAA